AUGGAUGCUUCUAUAAAUAAACAAAAUAAUUCAAAUGUUGUUGGACAUUCUUUUAAUGCAGCUUCAAAUAUUCUUGAUAUUGGCCUUGCUAGAGAAAUUCACUUAAUUGAGCUUCAAAAUAUCCAAGCCUUUAUAGCCCAUAAAGAACACGAGGUUUCUGUUUAUGAAAAUGCUAGGCGUUUAAUUGAAUGUCAAGAUGAGGCUGUUGCUUAUGGUGCUGCUGUCCUAGCUGGAGUCUAUGAAGGAGAACGUCCAAUGACUAAAGACAACCACAUGCUUGGAAAAUUCGUCUUGACAGUAAUUCCACCAGCACCUCGUCGUGUGCCACCAUUUGAGAUGUCUGUUGGCCAACAUGCAAAACUUACAAUUAGCUCUGAUUUGGGUUAUGGAGAAAAAGGAAUUCCUGGAACGGAGCUUCAAAAUACCCAAGCCUUUAUAGCCCACAAAGAACACGAAGUUUCUGUUUAUGAAAAUGCUAGGCGUUUAAUUGAAUGUCAAGCCUCAGGCGAUCGCUGUAUGGUUUUUCUUGCUGAUAAUUUAUUUGUUAUGAGAACGCGUGAACAAGCUUUAGAAAUUUUGGGUAGACAAAUUGAAGUUUUUCAAACUGCCUUAAAAUAUUUACGUCAAGAAAUGGCAUCUCUAACUGAAAAGGUUGCUCUAAUGGAAAGAUUAAAUAUUACAAACGAUGGCUUAGUGGAAAUUCGAGAACCAGAAAAUGAAGACAGGGAAGGGAAUGGAAAAAUUAAAGGCAAACGAAUUCAGCAUUCUCCUCCUACUAAAAAAUCGCCCCCUUCACCGUCACUUUCAAAGCCUUGUUCAAAAAAUGAUGAGAUGGAUCGAAUAAAUGAUGAAAUAGAUCAAAUACUGAAGAGAGGAGAAGAAAAUAAUGAAGACAAUAAUAAAAUUAAUAAAAAUUCUAAAGAAGAUGAUAACAAACCAACUAGGCCAAAAGGAGUGUCUGAAAAGGAUUAUGAGAGGUUUGUCAAACUUUGUGAUUCGCUUGAAUUGAGUGAAGAUGAGGAGGAAAUGGAGGUAGAAGAAGAAAAAAUGGAUGUGAAGGAAGGAGAGGAGGAGAAUAAUGAUCAACAUUCCAAACAAGAGAGGCGACGUGUACAUUUUUCUGAUAUAUUAGAGGAUGAUGAACAACAACCUAUUGGAAUGAAAAAGGAGCGAUCUAUUUUGAAAAAUAAAAAUGAACAUUCACCAAUUGAUUCUACAGAAUUGCAAAAAAUUGAUCAAAAAGAACAAAGGCGAAUAUACAGCGUUUCUAAAGAGAUUGUUAAAGAUGAAAUUAUGGAACGUGAACCUUUUUUGAAAACAAAAAAGAAUACACAGAAAUCAAAAAAUCUCAAAAAUUUCAACAAAAAACAAAAGAAUCAACGUCCAAUUUCUCGUUGGAAAGCUCAAAGGGAUGGACUUUUACAUGAUGAUAGUGAGGAUGAUAAUAAUUAUGAGGAUAGAUGA